UGGAUCUUGAAGGGGCGCGCGCCAUGGGCCCGGGACGCAUGUGGGCCGCUGUCGCGUGGGCGCUCUGCGUCCUGGUUGCUGCAACCGCGCCACCCGGCCUCUCGACCAGUGCGCUUCUAGAAGAGCUCGCACGCACCGAUGCGCAGCUUGCGAGCCAGCAGCAAAAGCUCACACUGCUUCACGGCCUGCGGCGGGCGCUGACGAGCGACGCGACGCUUCUACCGCACGUGCAAGCCGAGCUGCAAGCGGUCUUGGCACGUCUUAAGGCGCCCGGCAGCUGUGAAGCGAUGGCGCCGUCGACGGAGCCAAGCGUUGGCUUGCUCGUGGAGCGCCCACUCUUGAUUUUGCCAUCGGCGCCGGUCUUGUUGCAUUCGCACCGCGUGGUCGAGCUCCACCGAUCGACGCUGCUAUUGCUUACUCUCACGGACAAUGGUGUGCUCGGUGUCUCGCACUUGCCGGGCGGACAACCCGUGGCAAGUGUCAUGCUGCCCGAGGCGCCAAACGUCGUUGUCACGGCAGCCACCGUCGACUCGGAUGCGAGCCCGAUGUUGCUCUACGCAUUCCUCAGCAACCAAUCCCUCAGCACGUUUAGCGUCGCAAUCAUAUUGGGUGACUCGGGCAGCGCACACGUCAACAUCACGCGGCUCUCAACCGUGGCGACGGCGACGCACGGUGCGAUGCAGCAGCUGCACUUGGCGUCGGCGCCGGGCCAGAAAUUGCUCGUCGCCGGCACCGAAAGCACCUUUCACGUGCUGCCUGUGGACGCAAGCUACUUGAAAACGAUGCCAACCAGUGCGCCGAUCGCCGCGCUCCUGCCGCAUCGCCACGUCAUUGCCGUCGCCAGCGAGACGCGCGUCGACUUGCACCAUUUGCUCAAGCUCGGCGACGGUCCAUCGUCCGUCUACUCGUGCGACGCGGGCCUCUUUCGAAUCACGAGCGUUGCCUUUGACGCAUCGGUGGUGAGCCGCCUGUACGCAGCGACAACGAGUGGCGACAUUCUUGUGUUUGACGUUUUCCACGGCAGCACGCGGAGCUGUCGGGCGAUCGCGCGGGUCGGAACGUCGGCGUCUGGCCCGCUGCGCCUUCGCGCGAUCGCCCCGAGCUUUCUACUCGCAGCGUCCAAGGACGCACUCUUUCUAUUCGAAACAACGUCGUCGCUGACGCUUCUUGGCGCCACACCGACGCGUCCCGUAGAGAUUGCCGCGAUGCACGUCUCGGUCGUCCCCAGUGUCUACAAUGGCGAGUUUUACGAUGACGCGUUGCUCGUCACGAGCGCCGGUCGCGCGGUGCACACCUAUCAAGCGUCUCUGCACCGCCAUGAGGCUACGAAAGACUCGACUUUGUGGUUUGGGGACAGCGUUCUUGGACGGUUCCCACUACUGGUCCUGCUCGCGAUCGCGAUCGUAGCGUACAAGAUGUGGAGCCGCCCCGGCCCGAGCGUUGCGCCGCGGUCCGCAUUUUCGACCGACUAUGCGAGACCGACCCGAGGCAACGAGACCGACGAGGUCCUGCAUCCCGAUCCGCCACCGUAUCAUCGGGAGGCGGCGUACGUCGACGAGUUUGCGACAGCGCAGAAGCGUGCCCGCCAGCGCCUCGACCGCACCAAACUGGAGCGAGACAUCUAUUAGGCGUAAACACACAAUGCAUUAUGCGUCGAGCAACUCUUUUGGGACUUGGUUG